AUGGUGAUUCAUCCUAAUCCAUCGAAGUUUCGCACUCGGAAAAUUGAACCAGAGUUUGAGGAAAAGUUGAAUAGGAUGUUUACUAAUACUGUGGCCACAGGGGUGUAUGCUUGGACACCCACAUCUGGACAGAUGCCAUGUGAGGAUGAUAAAACAGCAAAUAAAAUGAUAUCUCCACUUGAACAACUUGAGAGUAGUGGAUCGUUAUAUGCACCUAUCGUAAGAGAAAUGCGUCCAAUCGAGCUAGAUGAGGGACAGAAGAAAUUCAAAAGAGGGAAAGGCAAGGAUAAAGUUGGCGGUGCGGCCAAAUUGUCUCAACAAAUUAAGCGCCUUGUCACUGUAGUGGAGACUAUUAGUACCGGAUCAUCCAUUGCACAAACUAAAAGACCAGAUUAUAGCAUGACACGAGUUAUUGAAGUCCUUGAAUCUCUACCUGGAUUAGAGAGUGGGAGCGAGUUGUACUUUUUUGCUAUCCACUUGUGCGCAGACACGAUUAAAAGAGAGUCAUUUUUUACUUUGAAACAACAUGAGUUGCAGCUCAACUGGCUUAAGUUUGAGCACGGCCUAGGAUCAUCCUCUUAA